AUGAAAUUCGUUAUUGUCUUCGCUGCCAUUGCGGCAGUCGCCUUGGCUCGCCCGACUUCCAACAUUUGGAAUCUCGAGCAGAUAAGUAAUGCUCUGCAAAACCCUAACGUGGACCCUACCUACGUACCUGUACUCGAAGAUGCCCUGAACCUUAUUAUGGAGGCUCUCUUCGCUGGACAACAAGUUGAAGGUGUUCUUAUGCCCAUGUCCCUCGAUGCCGUCUGGAAACCAAUUCCCGGAGCUAUCGCAUCCGACGAGCCUGCUUCAGCCCAAGCUGGUACCCCAAUGGUUCAGAUCAUCGUUAACGUAAACGGCAAACAACCAGAGCAAACUAUCCACGAAAUCGUCCCCCCGAUCCAUGUGAUCGAUGGAGAGAAUGUCGUAGUGGAGCCAGAUAAUGCAAUCGUUCCUCUGCCUGAAGUCAGCCCCAUUGACGUAAUUGCUAUCAACCCCAUCGUGCCUACCCCUGUCCAAAUUGCCGAAGAGAACGAGGUUGAGCCAGAGGUCGCUAUUAUGCCACAACCGGAAAUCCAACCCAUUGACAUAAUCGCUGUAAACCCAGUCGAUUCGUGGGGCCCUGAUGGUUUCCGACCAGCCAUUGAUGCUGACGUUGGACCCAUG